GAGGAUAACAUCACAUCACAUCAGAAACAGCUUGAGGAAUCAGGACUGUCCAGGACUGUAAACCUGACAGACCAGUCUGAACUGAUCUGCUUCAUAUAAAGACAGCAGACAGUCGGGAAAGUCUUCUUCGCGUGUGAAGAAUGGAUAAGCACAAAGUGCUGGAGCAGCUGUUGGAGCAGCUGCAGAGGUUCCUGAAGAUCCUGGAUGGAGAGAAGCUGAGUGGAAAUGCCACAGUACAGAAGGGCCUUCUGACGGAGCUGCUUCAGUCAUACAAGUCUUCCAAUGGAGGAGAUGAAGAAUACAUCUACAUGAACAAGGUCAUCGUCACAUGUCAAAACCAAGACAGAGACUACAGACCAGAAGCCAAUGGAGAACCAGGUAAACACAUCCCUGUGAAGAACCCACCAGAGCCUCCACCACCCAGACCAUGCAACAUGGGAAGGGAGCCAUUUCCUCUUCCACCACCUCCUGCUCCUGCGUCUAUAGAGCCUGAAAGUUACUAUGAAGAUCCACAGCCCUAUGAUCCUAUAAGCAUCAAUGUCUACAUCUUUACUGUGAUACAGAGAAGCCUGCGGGCAGGGAGCACAGAAAACAGUGAUGGUCUUUGUUCAACGUGCUACAAAAGUUCAAAGGAUCAGACUCCACUACUGGAUAUCAGUCUGCUGGGCUGCAGUGUUGUCUACAAAGAGAAACAAACUAAAAGGAAAGAACACAAGCUGAAAAUAACCCCACUGGGUGGAGAAGCCAUCGUUCUCGGACUGCAGAGCAAAGAGCAGGCUGAACAAUGGCUAAAGGUUAUUCAAGAAAUUAGUCCGAAAAAUACUGCAGGAUGUGCUGAUGUAACAGACUCUCCAACACUCAUCUGUACUAAGGGUGAGCAGAGCGAGAGAUACUCAGUGGCAUCUGAGAGUGGAAGCAGCACAGACAGUCACGCAGAGAACCUGGAGAACAAAGAUGUCAAGAAGAAAUACGGCAAGUUUAGUAACCUUAUGAACAUUGGAAAAAAGAAGGUUUCCUCUUUGGAAAGUCCGGAGAAGAAUGUGGAUACAUCAGGCUACCUUAACAUCCUGGUGAACACCCAGUGGAGAAGCAGGUGGUGCUCAGUGAAGGACAGGCAACUUUGGAUCUACAAUGACAAAAGCAAGAGCAAAGUGGCCCAGCAGCCACUGUCUUUGGAGGGGUGCAUGGUCCUGCCAGACCCCAGCCCUGAGCACCUGUAUUCAUUCCGCAUCCGAAUGGAUGGAGAGGAGCUCGCAACCCUAGAAGCUAAAUCCUCCGCUGACAUGGGCCACUGGCUCGGGCUCAUACUGUCACAGACAGGCACCAAAACAGACCCGGAAGAUCUCACCUAUGAUUAUGUGAACUCUGAGAGAAUAUCCAGUAUUGUCAACGCUGCCAAGACGUCCAUGUAUCUAAUGCAUAGGAGGUACUCAGAGCCCAACACAUACACAGACAGCCCUCCGUCAGACCCCCAUACUUGUGAUGACAUAUACGAUGAUGUGCCAUCCACAGAGAACGAACAGGAGGAGGUUCAAGAGGUUCAGAAUGGCAGUGAGGAGGGAACAGCAAGCGGCGAGGAGAAUGGGAAGGACAGAGUGUAUCUGGAUCUGAUCCCGGUUCGCUCCUUCCUGCACACGAGCUCGGGCAGAGUGUCACCACAGACAGAGCUCAGUCCCUCAUCUGCUCCCCAGGAUGAUCAGCUACACUCUAAAGAGAUUGAAACAAGUGAAACCUCAUUACCGAGCAGCACAGAGAACCUCGACCCUCCACCAGUUGCUAAUAGAAUGGACACAGAUCCAUCUCCAGCCCCAAAUCUGCUUGUCCAGACUCAAAGAAUCAGUUUCCUUGGUCAGGAAAGCCAAAAGAGGGCCUCUCCCACCUUACUGCCAUCCCAAACCCAAACCCUACCCCAGACGCCCCAGAGUCCGUCCACCUCCAGAGGAAGAGCUGCCAGCACAGACCGAUUUCUCGAAAAACUCAAGUUCUCUCCAGCAGCAGGCCCGGGGUCAGUUGAGGUGAAAUUAGGGAAGAACAGGACGGAGGCCGAUGUGCGGCGUUACACAGACGAGAGAGACCAGCUGGACCGAGAGAGGGAGGAGGUUAAAAACACUCUGGCCACCCUGAGGAAAGACAGACGAGAGGUGAAAGAGGAGCUGAGCUCCUGCCAAGACCCCACUCAGCAGGCCUCUCUGGAGGCUCGUCUGAAGCAGAUGGAGGAGACGUGUCGUGAGGCGGAGCGCCGGCGAGUGGAGGUGGAGCUUAGCCUGAUGGAGGUGAAGGAGAAUUUGAGAAAAGUGGAAGCAGGACCCUUUACACUGGGCACCACGGUAGAUAGCAGUCUACUGGAAACUUCAACGCCCAAGAUAGCGCCUGUAUCCAGCCCUGCUCCAAAUACACCCAUCAGCAACACCAAUAAUGGAGAUUCACCCAUCAACUCCGCCACAGCGCUGAAGAACAGACCCCUGUCCAUCAUGGCAUCCAGCAAAGGAAAAGUUCUGCAGAAGGCCAAGGAAUGGGAGAAAAAAUCCACAACCUAGUGGAAGGGAACAGAGAGCGCAAAUUGACUUUUUAGCCAAAGCUCAAAGGACUGCUAAGGCAAAUGCUUCAGGCAGGGAGAGAGAGAGAGAAGGAGGGUGUGUCCAAUGACCUGUAGGCUCCGCCCCUCUGAAACAUCAGCCUCCACUAGUCCCUGCUUCUCUGCAUUCAGAGGCUCAGAAGGUACUGGUUACAUGCAGGCAGCUGAUCCAAGACAAUAUUUUCUGUUCCCUGCCAAAUAACGCCACUGGACAACAAUAGAUUUUAAAUCUAUUCAAGUAAUUUUUAUGUAAGAGAAAGGAAGGGAAUAACUGAAAUAACUCUUUCAGUGGUGUGCACAUUAUUUGAUGGAUGUUUCACAAGCUUGAGAAGAGACCAAAAA